AUGAGCGCCGUUAUGAGCGCCUUCAUGCCUCGCCCCUCCGCACAGGGCUGCGCUGCGAACGGGGUGCAGUGGAGUGCCGCGCUGGCCCAGUGCCAAUACAGAUGGCCUUCCAGGCACAGGAAACAACCUGCGGACGCAGGUACAGAUUUUGAAGCCGACCUUGCGAGUCUUGAGAGGAUCCUCCCCCCGCAACUGGCCAUCUCGGAGAGCAGCAUGCAUGGCUAUGGCAUCCACGCCCGGAAGUCCUUCGAGCCAGGUAGGGACAUUGCCGUCGAGCAUGCCUUCAUUUGGGCUGCCUUUGGCAAAAAGGGGUUGAAGAGAAAAACGAGCUUCAACGCGCUAGAGUUGUUCCCGCACGACACGUCAGACAUUGAGGCGAAGCAGAGUGCGGUCACUUUGACGCUGGCCGUGCUGCAGAGAAUGACCCAGCAUGUGGAGCUGCUGCAGACCUGGUUCCGUGUGUGCUGCAAGGGGCCCCAGACCUGGCGUUGUUUGCCCGCCACCAAACUGGCACUGGAGCGGCGCUUGCGCCACGCCCGGGAGAUCCUGGCGAAGACCUCUGUGAAUUUUCAAAUCACCGACGAGGAGUUUAUCAGCCUGGACCUGCAGCGCAUCGGCGCCGGGCUGGGCCCUGCAACUGUCGUGCCGUUUUGCUUCGCGCUGCUGAACCAUUCCUGCUGCCCAAAUGCCAAGCUGAUCUAUCGCGGCAGUGAGGGCUCUUUGACCUGUACAAGGGCAAUUGAGGCGGGCGAAGAGAUCUUCAUUUCUUAUAUCAACGAGGUGGACGAGGUGCUUUCUCGGCGACAUCACUUGCUGGAGCUUCAUGGCGUGAAAUGCCUUUGCCCUCGCUGUGCCACAAACUUUGCCACCGGCGACUGUUGGGUGAACAGCUGGGUUUGUCCUUGCUGCAAAUCCCCGAUCGAGGAUCACGCAGUGCAGUGCUUGUGUGGUGCUGUGGUGACGUGCCGGGAUCGGCAGGAGCGACGGCAGCGUGAGCAGGCAGUCUGGGCGGCGCUGACCCAGGCCACCUGCUACGUCGUGAAGCUCGCGAGUGCGCGCAAGGUGGAUGGAGCUUGGGUGAACAUGGCCUUGCGCUAUGUGAGCCAGGCUCAAUGGGAAUUCGCUGCUCUGCGCCCGUCAGGCAGCCAGGCCCGUGUGAAGGCUUGGGCGCAACUUCGCUCCUAUUUUGGUGGCCCUGAUCUUUGCCUAGAUUCUAGCCUAGAUGUGGCCAAGUUUUGGCGCCAGAUCGAGAUGGACUUCGUCAAAGAGUUGGCGCAGCAGCAUGAGGCUAUCUCGGCAGAGAGCACUCGCAAAGAUCUGUCCAUCGGCGACGCACGCUGGGCGCGACGCCUGGUGGCGGCCUUGCGCCUCUACGAGCUGACCUCCGACACCCUGCGCCUGGUGCGGGUGGGGCCCCGCUCCGACGGAGGCUUCGUGAUGUUGGACACUGGGCAACCCAUCAAACAUUUUCUGAGCUACGGAGUGGGCACCAACGUUGACUUCGAGUGGGAGCUUGCCAUGUCGGGCACAAAAGUGCACCUUUUCAACCACACAGUGGACAGCCUUCCUCGCCAGCAUCCCAAUUUUAGCUUCCACCAGGAGGCGCUGUGUGCUGAGGAGCUGCCAGGCGUGGGCUCCACGUUGGCAGAGGGCGUGCAGCUCCUCGGUACUGGGCCUUCAGCUCUGAAAUGCGACGUGGAGGGCGAAGAGUUCCGCGCCAUCCUCGCCACAGACAGCGAGGUGCUGGGCCGCUUCGACCAGCUCUGCCUGGAGCUGCACUGGCUGGGUCGGCCUCGGUGCGGCGACGCCCAGGUGAAGGCAAUGGCCCUCGAGAAGUUGAAUGAGCAAUUCGUGAUGUUGCAUGCUCACGGCAACAGCUACGCAGAUAUCGUAGAUGUUGCUGGCUGUGAGAUCCCCGACAUGCUGGAGGUUCUGUACGUUCAUCGGCGGCUACUUGGUCAAAGCUUCCGGCCCAGCGGUGCUGGGCUGAUUGCCGGCGAGUUGGAUACCAACCGCUGCCCCUUUGUGCCAGACAUCUGCCUGCGCGGUCCUCCUUUUGCGGCAGAUGUCCCCCAUCCAUAA